AUGUGCAAAAUAUGGUCUUAUUUGCAAGGAAGACCCGAGGUACCACAGAAACAACAGCAACAAGUAGGUGCGCACCACUGGCUAUCGGUUGGAAAUGUACUCCACGCCGCAAAAGGGAGUAUGAAGGUCCCUGACCAUGUCUCGUCUUCCAGGAAAAUCGACGAUCUGGAGAAACGUGUGCAAAGACGUCUCAACGUGGUGGGAGACGUCAGUGGAGCAGUUAACUCCAUGUCAAUGGAUGAGACUGCCCCGGUCUCUCAGCAAUUGACCCUGGAUCUGCCUGGUCAGCUGCCACCGUCGCGACGAACGCUCCAACCUGCACUGCCCCAGACGCAGAUCUCUGUUCCUACAUGGCCCCCUGAGACCCCACCAGGAGACUCAGGCCGUGAAGGAAAUCAGCAAGCAACCUCUGAUGGAGCAUGUACUGGAACUCUAAACAUCUUUGCUCGACGACUUGGCCGCGUUGAACUGGAAGCAGAACGCAUAAACGAACUUUUUGAGACUUUCUUCACCUCAUAUGUUCCGUACCUUUCGUUUCUCGAAAGACGGCCACAAGAUUGGUAUUUCGACCAGUCGCCUCUGCUAUUCUGGGCGAUAAUCAGCGUAGCUUCUCGACGCGAUGGCCAGGACCUCACACUCUUGCGUAUGUUGGCUCAGCCUGUGACAAAACUCGCAUGGGAGGAGAUUGGAACCCGUCAGACGCCACUUUGGACCAUCCAAGGUCUCUUGCUAUUGUGCACGUGGCCAUUUCCAGCAAUGUCUCUACUCCUGGAGGACUCACCCACCUGGGCCGACAUUGCCAUGAGUUUGGCGAUCCAGCGAGGCCUGCAUCGUCCUGAACGAUCAGGAGACUUCACCAGAUCAAGGUCUGCGCUGCCUCCAGCAAUGCAGUUACAAAUGUCCCGGACGUGGGCUGCAUGUCAUAUCACGGCACAGAGCGUUGCCUCAACUUAUGGACUCUUCAACUCGGCAGCUUUCGACUUUCGAUUUUCAGUUUUCGAGGAAGAACAGUUUCAGCAGAGCCUGGCCCCGCCUCUCCGGUGCCAGCUCACCAUCCAGAGGUUCUGUGGACGGGCAUGCAGAACCAUCUUUGACAGUCCAAUUGGACUUUCUGGCUCACGUGCCUUGCGUGUUGAUGCCUUGAUCGAUGAGCUAGAAGCGGAACUAGACAAGAUAGAAAAAGACCUGACAGGUCAGAUCUCCGGCAUCACAGAAUUAUACUAUCUGGCUGCGAAGGUGUUCCUCCAAACCCAGCAAUUCUUUGGCACCGAUAUGAAUGCAGACUACCGGCAGCGAGGAGUCCUCAAGGCUUAUACGGCGGCAGUGGCCUUCAUCAGAGCCGCUACAUCGGCCCACCGUACAACUUUCCUGUUCGACUUCAUCCCCAACUACUUGUUCCGCAUGCUUUUUAAUGCCACGUGCGUCAUCUGGAAGGUCUUGACCUCUUCGUACCGUGAACGCUUGGAUUUCCAGCAAGGCAAGGCCGACUUCAACGAAGGUCUCUCUGCCGUGCGGAAAUGUUCGAUCGAGAACAAUGACGUCGCCGGCCGCCACGCAGAGAUCCUCGCUCAGCUCUGGCAGAUCAGCUGCGGCGAUGGCGGGGACAGCUUAGGCCCUCACGACGAGGGCUAUCAUUUGCGAAGCCGUCCUCCUGAGCUAGGAGUAGUGGAUCGCUUUGGAGCUAGCCUGGUGUUCGACUGUUUGUUCUUCUGGCGCGAGCAUGUCGGUGGACAACGAAGGAUGGGUCUACAGGCUGCGACGACAGGACACGAUAAGAACUGGAUUGAUGGGGGUGUAAGGAUCUCCUCUUCCGAGCGUAUCGCCCAGGGGGAAUGCGCUUUUCAUGAGAUCGUCGAUGGAAUUGAUUCCCAGCAAGGCUCCGCCGGCGACGGCCAUUACGUCCAUCGAGCGCUUCUGUGGAAGCCGCAACAUUAUGCAUGUCCGAUGCGAAGGGCCGGAUUUCACUCCUGGAGCUGGACGGGGUGGAAGGGCCGGAUUGAAUACAGCUACUGUCUCGACGACUGGGACGGCUACCAGGAGGAGGGCAUCGAAAGAAACGAAGAAAGACAUUCAAAACGGAGGCGAAGAGAGACUAUCGAGGAGCAAACCGAAAAACGGCACAAAGGUGGACUACCCCACCAAGAUCGAUCCGAGCAGUGGAAAACUGCCAUUGGCAACCACUGGACGAUCCUUGACCGCGACGAUACCCCGUUGAAGAAUCUCGUCGGCGACGUUGCGAGAUACGAAUACCCGGACUACUUCUUCCGGACCGACCUUGACCUGUCCCCCAAGUUGAAACAACGAGGCGGCUGGUGCGAGGUGAAUUUCGUCAAGUAUUUCCCCUGGCUCCGCGACAACUAUUCCAGCAACCAGUGGAUUAUCGAUAUGGUGGGCGUGCUGGUCGUUUCGGAGAGCUUGGACGUCGUGGGAGAGUACCUCAGAAUAGCUUCCUGCUUUCUGCAGCUGAGGGACUGGACGGAUUUGGAGCCAACUUCCAACUCGCACAACUUCGCGCAGAGGACCGGAGAAGCCUUGCACAUUUACCGGUUUCACAACAAAGGGCGCUGCUCGCAACUCGCCACAAACAGAUGGAGAAGGCUAGGAGAACAGAGCAAGCGCAACGAGGCAACUUGGAGACUGCGGGGAAUAAGGUCAAUUGUCUGGACAAAAUCAGAUUGA